AUGCAUCGCUCGCAACAACACAUUGAGCUUGCCCAAGGCAGCGAUGCCGACUCGGACUCAGACAACGAUACGACAGCCGCUCCGUUUGAUGCAUUUGUGCCGCUGGAGAAGGCACCUGCUCACAAUGGCGCUGUAAAGGUGGUUACGCUUCGGGCUAUCCUGCUGGGCAGUCUCUGUGGCGCAUUAGUCAACGCUUCCAACAUCUACCUUGGCCUCAGGGCAGGAUGGACGUCGUCGGCGAAUAUGAUUGGUGCCAUGGUCGGCUUUGCGGUCCUGAAGAGAUACGCAGCCGGGUCGACACAGCCCUUUGGCCCUCAUGAAAACAACAUAGUGCAGACCGUUGCCACGGCCUCCGGGGGCAUGUCGAAUGUCUUCAUUUCCGGCAUUCCGGCCCUGUACCAGCUCGGGCUGCUGCGUACGCCGGUGCAGGAUUUCUUCCGCAUCGUGUCGCUCGUCGCCGUCGGCGGAUACUUUGGUCUCCUCUCUGUAGCCCCGCUGCGCAAGCUCUUUAUCGAGGAUGCGGCCCGAGACCUUGAUCUCGUUUUCCCCUCCUCCAUGGCCACGGCUAUGAGCAUUCAUAGCAUGCACUCGGCCGCUGAUGGAGAAGAGGCAGCCCGUCCCAAGUUGAAAGCAACCAUCUAUGCUUUUGGGGCGGCCAUGGUGCUCAGGGUCAUCUCCCAGUACGCGCCGGGUCUUCUCUGGGAGUGGCAUGUGUUUACCUGGCUCGCGAACGCAAACAUUUUCCGCAGUCUGGCCAUUGCUGCAGAGAGCUGGGGAUGGCUUAUAGAGCUGUCUCCAGCGAUGAUGGGCUCAGGCAUGUUGGUUGACUUCAAAGUAGCCUGCUCGUUCUUUGCCGGGUCUGUUCUGGCAUGGGGGCUCCUAGGACCGUAUCUUGUGGCACAUGGCAUUGCCUUUGGGCAGCCGGUCUCUACCAGUGAGGAGGGAUGGGCAGGCCUAACAUCGUACAAAUCCAUGGCAGACGACUUUGCAAGUGUGAGCCACCCAAGUCCCAGGUACUGGUUGCUAUGGCCCGGCGUGAUUUGCACACUUGCGGUUGCCUUGGCCGAGCCAUGUUGUCAAUGGCGUCUGUUUUGGAAUCUCGCACUGAUCUCUUCCAAAGCAGCCAGCGCGAGGCUCGUGGGACUGCUGAUGAGAUACAGGCCGAGGUCGUCGGGCCAGUACGACAUUCUUGCAGACCAAGACAUGCAAGCCACGGUCGAAAAUGACAAAGAAGCAGCGGAAAGGGGACUGGAAGAGGAAGACAUUGCCACGUGGAUGUGGGCGCCCGGUGCCUGCGUACUCGUCAUCCUAGCCGUCCUGCUCACAUAUUGGCAGUUUGACAUGCCGCUCCUUGAGUCUGUACUCGCCCUCGUCUUGUCGUUUGGCAUGUCGCUCGUUGCCAUUCAAGCGACGGGUGCAACGGAUACGACCCCAAUCAACUCCAUCUCCAAGGUUUCACAAGCCGUCCUGAGCGGCGUUACACAAGCGACGGGCGGAAGCAUAAUCGAUGCCCAGCGCCUGAACCUGCUCGGCGCCAGCCUCACGAACAUAGGGGCCAACCAGGGCGUCGGCGACUUUCGGGUCGGCUUUCUCCUGCGCACGCCGCCACGCCUGCAGUACGCCGCCCAACUCAUUGGGACACUGGUCGCGACGCUUGUGGCGCCGUCCGUCUUCGUCCUCUUCGCCACAGCGUACCCGUGCAUCAUCGCCAGCCCGUCGUCGUCAGAGGGCGAGACGGGCGCACGAGCGUGCGAGUUCCCGGGGCCCGCGAUCGCGGCUUGGCGAGCCGUCGCCGUCGCCGCCAGCGCGCCGACGACGCCGGUGCCUCCCUCAAGCGCCCGUUUCUCGGCCGGCCUCGCCGUGGUAUCGGUUCUCCUGGUCGUGGUGAGGCGCCUCGUCGUCGUCGGCGCGUGGCGGGGCGGCCAGCGCUUCAUACCCAACAUGAUGAUCUUCGCCCUGGCGUUUACGCUGCCGUCCCCGCAGACGAGCGUGUCCAUGAUGCUGGGUGCCGUUGCUGCCAAGGUGUGGCGGUGGAAGGGCCCCGUAGGUUUCGAGAGGAAUUUGUUCGCUGUUGCGGCCGGGUUGGUGGCCGGUGAAGGCAUUGGGGGAACGGUCAAUUGCGUCUUGUCGAUUCUGGGCGUCGGGGGCCAGCGAUGGUCACUCGGUCUUGGGUGUCCCGCGGGCCGAUGUUAG